AUGACAAAACGUGGAAGUGAUGAGUACACUGUCCGAACUAUGCAACCCGAAGAAGUAGAAGAGACAUAUGAAAUGAUUGACAAAGAAGGAUGGAAUCUAACCCUGGAUAAGUUUUCUGCUCUUUACAAGUCCUCUCCUGAUAACUUUUUUGUGGCUGUCAGUCCGGAUGGAGAAGUUGCAAGUACAAUGAGUCUCAUUCCGACCUUUGAAGGCGAAUAUGUGUUGGGAAACCUCGUGGUCAAAGACGGCCAUAGAAACAGGGGCUUGGGACGAAAGCUCGUUGAUGAGGUUUUCGCUUUGUUUCCAAACGCCGUAGUCUCAUUAACGGCCGUGCCAGGGGCGGAUCAGUUCUAUUUAAACACCGAUUUCCAUUUCACACAGCCGCAGCAAGGCCAAGACAUUGUUUAUAUUCUUUUGGACAGAGAAAAACUGAAACAGAAAUCUGCCGAAGCUGGACAGCAAGACGUCACAGUCUCUCUUUACAGUGGUCAUUCUUUUGACAAGCUGAUAGUCGGCUUUGGAGUUGGCUUCAUCAAGCGGGAAAAGAUUGUACUGGAUGGGUUGUUUGCAGAUUCAGAUGCCAUAGCAGUUCAAAUUUUUACAGAAAUCGUUGAGCAGUUUCCAGGCAUAAAUUCUGUGAAGCUUCAGGUGCCAUCUUCCAGGCUGUUUUUGUCAGAACUGGGAGCCAUUCAGCAAUCAUACAGGUACAACAGAUAUUCCCGAGGACAGCCAACAUUAUCUCCCCUGUCCAAAGUGUACAACGUUAGUGACUGUGAUUAUACUUAUUAA